AUGAACAAAGAGAAUAUAAUGGCUUCUAACUCUGAACAACCCAAUGUUCGAAUUACAAGAGUAAGAGCUAAAUCAUUGGGGACUGUAGGAGGAUUACCUGCUUCGAAGCCUCCCGUGAUAAAUGACCAGAACAAAGUUGCAGGACCAGAUUCAGAAAGAGCAGCGACAGAUGGCAGCAAUGCCACUGUUGGUUACACUGCUUGUCCGCAGGAUAAGAAAAGGGGUGCUCUCCAGGAUGUCACUAAUAUGUGCCACAAAAAGUACAAUAUAGACGGAAGCGGAGCUCAGCAAUCCUAUAACCAGGCUGGAAAUGGUGUGGCGGAGAGGAACACCAAGCCUGUAACUGGAGUUUUCAAUCAUCCUCAUAUUCAACAGGGUAGAGAAGCUCGUGUAACCAAAGAAAGUACACAAGGAGUGCAAAAAGUUGGUAAUUUGGCAGUGCACGGGCAUGGUUCAGCUGAUCCGAUGGCUUCAAAUCAAGCUUCUGUUUUGCAGGCUCAAUUUGGGAGACCUUUGAGACAAGGUGAGGUGGUUCGGCAAGGGAUCAAAGGUGAAUCAUCUAAUGGCCUGCAUGUCACAGAUAUUGAUUCAAACUACAAAGAUCCUGAGAUGUGCGCCAUUUAUGCCCCAGCUAUAUAUGAAAACCACCGUGUGAAAGAGCUUGACCGCAGACCAUAUUUUGGUUACAUGGAGAUGCAGCGAGAUAUCACCCACGUAAUGCGAGGUGUUCUGAUCGACUGGCUUGUGGAGGUCUCGGAAGAAUAUAAUCUGGUACCAGACACACUUUAUCUGACUGCUAAUCUCAUUGAUCAAUUUCUCUCCAGAAGUUUCAUUGAGAGACAAAGACUUCAGCUGCUUGGUGUUACGUGCAUGCUAAUUGCUUCAAAAUUUGAAGAAAUUUGUCCACCCAGUGUGCGAGAAUUUUGCUACAUCACCGACAACACAUACAAGAGGGAUGAGGUGUUGCACAUGGAGAGCCAAGUUUUGAACAUUCUGGGAUUUCAACUAGCUGUUCCCACCACCAAAACGUUCCUAAGGAGAUUUCUUCAAGCAGCACAGAGCAACUAUCAGGCUCCUCGUGUCCAACUGGAAUUCUUAGCUAACUAUUUAGCAGAAUUAACUCUUCCGGAGUACGGUUUCCUAUGGUUCCUUCCGUCCCUUAUUGCUGCAGCUGCUGUCUUCUUGGCUAGAUGGAUGCUUGAUCCGUCAAGCCAACCAUGGAAUCCAACACUGCAGCAUUAUACUAAUUACAAGGUCUCAGAUCUGAAACUCGCCGUGUUUGGACUGCAACAGUUGCACCUCAACACCAAUAACUCCCCGCUGAAAGCUGUACGUGAGAAGUACCAGCAACCAAAGGUAACAGAUUCUAUCAACGCUUUGAUUUUUGAGCAACUAAUAUAA